AUGGUACAUUUGAGAGUUCAUCAGAGGAGAAGUACGUCGAGUUCUCUCUUUGAUUCUUCGAAUCUUUGUGGUGCAGAUGAGUCAAAAGAGGAUAGUAAUGUUAAUGCUGCUAAAGUAGAUGUCAAAGUAGAAGAAACAACAACUGAUGCUACUACAACUCAAACAAGAAGAUAA